ACACCAAACUAAACCAAGCCAAGCCAAACAAAAACAAAAAAGCAAAACAAAACAAAAACACCACCGCCACCGCCACUGGAACAGUUUCUGCUCUCAAAAAAGGCAAGCCUCUUUCUCCCGAGUGAUCUUUAUAAUUUACACUCUUGGCCGUGAGCUUUCUUACUCCCUGUUUUUAUAUCUCUCCAUAGUCUCGACUCCACACACACGACCCAUUCUCUUAGUAGUGGGGUUAUUUUUAUUUUUAUUUAUUUUGCUUUCUUACUCGCACCUCAUACACACACACACACACUCACUCACUCACUCUCUCGGGAGAGAGAGCCAGAAGUCGGCGGGGUGUUUAUAUAAUGAAGAAUUAUGGGGUUCUUUGAUCGAGGCGUUCAAAUGCUUUUAACCACCGUGGGUGCUUUCGCCGCCUUCAGCCUGAUGACCAUCGCGGUGGGGACCGACUAUUGGCUCUACUCCAGAGGGGUUUGCAAGACUAGAGGUAUCAGUGAGAAUGAAACCAGCAAGAAGAACGAGGAAGUGAUGACCCACUCGGGCUUAUGGAGGACCUGCUGUCUAGAAGGGAACUUCAAAGGUCUGUGUAAGCAGAUCGACCAUUUCCCCGAGGAUACAGACUACGAGGCGGACACCGCAGAAUAUUUCCUCCGGGCUGUGAGGGCCUCCAGCAUCUUCCCCAUCCUGAGCGUGAUUCUGCUCUUCAUGGGGGGACUCUGCAUUGCAGCCAGUGAGUUCUACAAGACCCGACACAACAUCAUCCUGAGUGCUGGCAUCUUCUUCGUGUCUGCGGGUCUGAGUAACAUCAUUGGCAUCAUAGUGUAUAUAUCUGCCAAUGCCGGAGACCCCUCCAAGAGCGACUCUAAAAAGAAUAGUUACUCGUACGGCUGGUCCUUCUACUUCGGGGCUCUGUCCUUCAUCAUUGCCGAGAUGGUCGGAGUGCUGGCCGUGCACAUGUUUAUCGAUCGGCACAAACAGCUGCGGGCCACCGCCCGAGCCACGGACUACCUCCAGGCCUCCGCCAUCACCCGUAUCCCCAGCUACCGCUACCGCUACCAGCGCCGCAGCCGGUCCAGCUCCCGCUCCACCGAGCCCUCACACUCCAGGGACGCCUCCCCCGUGGGCAUCAAGGGCUUCAACACCCUGCCGUCCACGGAGAUCUCCAUGUACACCCUCAGCAGGGACCCCCUGAAGGCCGCCACCACGCCCACCGCCACCUACAACUCGGACAGGGAUAACAGUUUCCUCCAGGUUCACAACUGUAUCCAGAAGGAGAACAAGGACUCUCUCCACACUAACACAGCCAACCGCCGGACCACGCCCGUAUGAAGCCCGCUGCCAGGCCCGCGCCAGC